GUUUUUGGAUUUUAUCAUUUUGGCACAUCUUGAGGACUACCUUUUGAUGUGCGCAAUUAAUUGCCAAUAGCUUAAUUGCUCUCAUAUAAUUAUUUCUGAUAAUUUACCAUUUUAUCGUAGAAAAAUAAUUUAAUUUAAAAGUAUAUAUAUAUUCAUUAUUUAAAAAUAAAUGUCAGAAAGUUAGGAAAAAAAAAACAGAUAAUUACUUCUUUUGGAGGAGGGCAUGCUGUCACUAGCACAUUUUGCUUAACAAAAAAGAAAGUAAUUUUCUAAUUAAAUUUGGGUUUUUUUCCCUAAUUUUCUACUAUAUUUUAUAGUAGUUUGAUGAUAUUUAUUUAUUUCAUUUUUUAUUUUUAUAAUAUUUUUUAUUCAUAUUAUGACACAUUUUUUAAAAUAUGAAAUUAAAAUCCAAAUUAAAUGAAAAUAGAGGCGCUAAAAUUUUAAAUUUUAAGACAAAAAGUUUAAAAUUUAAAUUCCGUAAGUGGUACAAUCGGAAACGACAAAAUUGGUACGAGGUUUCGUAAGUGGUUGGGAGUUGGGACACAGUUCCUCUAAUACUUGAAAUUAAGAAUCUUUUUCAAAAGUGAUGAAAUGAGUAAACAUGGGUUGGUCCGAAAAUUGGUAGAUUCUUCACCUUUUGAGAAGCUAUUGGACUCUUGUAUUAGGUCAAAGUCUGUUUUUGAAGCGCGUCGUGUUCAUGCUCGAAUCAUUAAGACACAGUUUUCAUCAGAUAUCUUCAUUCAGAACAGGCUCAUCGAUGUUUAUGGGAAAUGUGGUUGUUUGGAGGAUGCACACAAGGUGUUUGAUCAUAUGCCGGAGAGGAAUACUUUUAGUUGGAAUGCCGUUUUGAGUGCUUUGACAAAGUCUGGUGCUCUUGACGAGGCUUUGAACCUGUUUAAGUGUAUGCCUGAGCCUGAUCAGUGUUCGUGGAAUGCUAUGGUGUCUGCUUUUGCUAAACGAGAACGUUUUCAGGAAGCCUUGAGAUUCUUUGUUGAUAUGCAUUGUGAGGAUUUUGUGCUUAAUGAGUAUUCGUUUGGCAGUGCUCUAAGUGCUUGUGCAGGGUUGAUAGAUGUGAAUAUUGGUGUUCAAAUACAUGGUUUGAUAUCGAAGUCUCGUUACUCGUUUGAUGUUUACACGAUUUCUGCUCUGGUUGAUAUGUACUCCAAGUGUGGGGUGGUGGAUAGUGCUCAGAGAGCUUUUGAUGACAUGGAGGUGAGGAAUAUAGUUUCUUGGAACAGUUUGAUUACAUGCUACGAGCAAAAUGGUCCUGCGGGAAAAGCUCUGGAGGUUUUUGUAAGAAUGAUGAAUUGUGGGAUUGAGCCCGAUGAGAUUACUUUGGCCAGUGUAGUCAGUGCUUGUGCAAGCUUAUCGGCAAUUAGGGAAGGUUUGCAAAUUCAUGCUCGCGUUAUGAAACGGGAUAAAUUCCGGAAUGACCUUGUGUUAGGCAAUGCUUUGGUUGAUAUGUACGCAAAAUGCAGGAGAGUUAACAAAGCUCGGUUGGUUUUUGAUAGGAUGCCGUUUAGGGAUGUGGUAUCUGAAACCUCCAUGGUUAGUGGAUAUGCAAAGGCAUUAAGUGUGAAAGCUGCAAGACUGAUGUUUUCGAACAUGAUGGAGAGGAAUGUGGUGUCUUGGAAUGCACUUAUUGCAGGUUAUACACAGAAUGGAGAGAAUGAAGAGGCCGUAAGACUAUUCCUCCUCCUAAAAAAGGAAUCUAUUGGGCCAACACAUUACACCUUUGGAAACCUACUCAGUGCAUGUGCAAAUCUUGCUGAUCUGAAGCUUGGAAGACAGGCUCAUGCUAACAUUUUGAAGCAUGGUUUUUGGUUUCAAUCUGGGGAAAAAUCUGAUAUUUUUGUAGGGAAUUCUCUGAUUGACAUGUACAUGAAAUGUGGAUUAGUUGAAGAUGGACGUGUGGUUUUCGAGCACAUGGUAGAAAGGGAUGAAGUCUCGUGGAAUGCCAUGAUAAUCGGAUAUGCGCAAAAUGGUUAUGGUACUGAGGCCCUAGAAAUUUUCAGGAAAAUGCUCGUGUCUGGAGAGAGACCAGAUCAUGUUACUAUGAUAGGAGUUCUUUCUGCAUGUAGUCAUGCAGGACUUGUUGAAGAAGGGCGCCAUUACUUCCAGUCAAUGACGUCCGAACAUGGUUUAACACCUAUAAAGGACCAUUAUACAUGCAUGGUUGAUUUACUUGGGCGCGCAGGUUGCCUUGAUGAAGCAAACAAUUUGAUACAAACAAUGCCAAUGGAACCUGAUGCUGUUGUUUUGGGAUCUUUACUCGCUGCUUGUAAGGUUCAUAGAAACAUUACAUUAGGGAAGUAUGUGGCAGAAAAGCUCUUGGAGAUUGAUCCCUUGAACUCUGGACCUUAUGUUCUUCUUUCAAAUAUGUACGCUGAGCUUGGUAGAUGGAAAGAUGUGGUGAGAGUCAGGAAACAGAUGAGGCAAAUGGGAGUAAUUAAGCAACCUGGUUGCAGUUGGAUUGAAAUUCAGAGUCAUCUACAUGUUUUCAUGGUAAAAGAUAAAAGACACCCUAAUAAAAACGACAUCUAUUUAAUUCUGAAAAUUCUCACAGAACAGUUGAAGCAAGUUGGCUAUGUGCCAGAAGUCGACGAUGAUGAGACUUAUGACGAGGAAAGUGACUCUGAAUCUAUCUUGCACAAUGAAAUGGAAAUGGAAGUAGAUGCUGCCGUUGGAUAAAAUAUUUACUUUUUUUUGGAUCAUAGCUCAAGUAUCUUUCAAAGAAAGUAGAAAGAUCUGAUAUGAAGCUUUCUUUUCUUAGACUUUGAGCAGCGGAUAGAUAUCUGAGAUGCUACAGAGUCUUGAACAUACUCCUCAGUUUGUUGUUACUACUGGCUUCAGUGCAAAAGUCAAAAGAGAUAGAUGAGCUCAUAAAGUUUAACUGCCACUUCUACAGAGUGAACGUAUCCUGUAUAUCACAUGGACACUUUCAAUGAAAAGGAAUAACAGGGAUAUAUAAGCAGAGAAUGUUCUCAGUAUGUUUCCUAAUUGCUUCAUUAUUUUGUUAUAGUCAAAUCAAAUGUUAAUAAAUUAGUGGUUAUGUUAGUUUCGAGGGUUUGAUCCCUAGAUCUCCUUAAAACUUCUUCAGUGUCCCGUAGUUCACUAAUUGCUUCAUUGUGAUGUUAAUCUUUAGUUUGUUUUAUUAUAUCAUUUGUAUUUCAUAUCCGGAAUGUAGAUUGUAAUUGAAACUAGGCUUCCCACUGAGCAACCUGUGACAAGUAUCCUUGAUUUUUACUGUACUAGUCAUGAGAACCAGUGCAUUGCAAGUGAAAAAAAUUCAUAGAAAGAA